UUAAAUUGAAAUAUUUCAAAUUUUGGCACAAGGCUAGCAGUUUUGAGCGGAAGGGCUAAGUCGGUAAUCCUUUGGUAUUAGACGACGUCAUUCACCAACACAACCACUAGGAUAAAAAAAAAAGAAGGCGAAUAACAUCGUCACUUAGGAAACCAGUACCGGAGGAGUACUUAUUUUAUCGACCCCAAAAAGAUAAAAGGCAAUGUCAACAGGUUUUGAACUCAGAACGUAACGAGCCGGAAGAAAUACAGCAAAGUAUUUCGUAUGACGCAACCCACCCACGCAUGCACGCGCGCACACACACGCACACACGAAUGUACCCAUACGUGUCUGUGUAUAUAAGGUGCCAGGAACAAAAGAGAAGAAUGUCUGACCGAAUAGACCUCGACAAACCUCUAUGGAACCAAGACACAUUUUAUGGCCGUCUAAAGUAUUUUGCUUGGGUUACAAACCCAUCCACGUGUUUAACACCAACAAGUAAACUCUUUGAAGCUAGAGAUCUUGUAAAUAAAUACAGGUUGCAACAGGAACCUCCACAUACAACACGAGAACAAGUUUUGAAAGCCCAUCGUCUAGUUUUAUCUGCCUUCCAUCCUGACUCUGGUGAGUUACAGAACUUCAUUGGCAGAAUGUCUUUUCAGGUACCUGGUGGAAUGUUGCUCAUUGGGUGUAUGAUUAGUUUCUACCGCACAAACUCUGCUGUGAUUUUUUGGCAAUGGGCCAAUCAGUCUUUCAAUGCACUUGUGAAUUACACCAACAGAAAUGCAGGAUCUGACAUAACCCAAAAGAAGUUGGCUGUUGCUUAUGUCAGUUCAACUACAUCAGCUUUAGUUGCAGCUCUUGGACUCAAGGCUAUCUUAUCUCAACGCACAACUGGCAUAUUGCAGCGUUUUGUUCCUUUCAUUGCUGUUGCAGCAGCUAACAUUGUAAAUAUUCCUUUAAUGAGACAAAGUGAAUUUCUUGAUGGAAUCAUUGUGUAUGAUGAAAAUAAGAAUCCUGUGACAACAUCAAAGUAUGCUGCUGUCAAAGGAAUUAGUCAAGUGGUAUUCUCAAGAAUUAUAAUGGCUGCCCCAUCAAUGCUUCUCCUACCAGUAAUAUUCCAACAUCUGGAAAAAUACCGUUGGAUGCAGCGUUUCAAAAUACUCAAUGCUCCACUCCAAGUCUUGGCUUCUGGAGCCUUAUUACUGGUGAUGACACCAACAGCCUGUGCACUCUUUCCCCAGAGAUGUUCUAUACACACUUCUAAGUUGUCUCUACUUGACAAGAAAAAUCUUGAAGAACUGAAAGAGAAAUAUGGUGCCAACAACAUUCCUGAGAGAGUGUACUUCAACAAAGGCCUUUAAAUUAUUGAAAAUUCCAGCUGUAACUGCCAUUGAAUAAUUUAAUCAAUACCUUGUAUAUAUAUAAAUUUAUAGGAAGAAAAAAUAUAAUAGAAAGUAAAUGGUAUAGUUAAUAUGUAUAUUGAUUGUUUAGGUAUUUGUGUCAUGCAUUAGUAUGGCAUAGUUUAGAUUAAUAUUAAAUCAGUAAUUAAAUAAUAAUUAUAUUAUGUAAUUAAUAUUAUACAUAUAGUGUUUUUAUAUGAAUCUUUGAUGCCUAAAACUUCAACCCUCUGUAACUUCCUCCCUAAUCUUAGUUUCCUUACAGAUAUCAAUGUCAAGAAGGUGAAACUGAACUCGACCAGUCUACAGAGGUCACAAGUAGAUAGCAUCUUCUCAGGCUAGGUACUGAUUUCUAACACAGGCACAAGGUCACGCAUUUUGGUGCCAUUGGGGAACAAUCAAUUAUGGAGUAAAUAAAAUCAUAACAUAAACAAUUAAAUAUAAGAAAUAAUAAUUUCUUAAAGUAUGUGUUAAUCCCCAUGUACCCAGAAUUUGUGGACACCCUGUAGAAUAGGGAUCAAUAAAA